UUGGGCAAAGACCCGCCCCGCGGUGCUGUCGCGGGCGCUGAAAGCAAGCGGAAGAAGAUGGCGCUCACCAGCUUUUUACCUGCACCUACUCAGCUAUCUCAGGACCAGCUUGAGGCUGAAGAAAAGGCAAGAUCCCAGAGAUCACGGCAGACCUCACUGGUCUCCUCCCGAAGAGAACCUCCCCCAUACGGGUACCGGAAAGGCUGGAUACCUCGGUUAUUAGAGGAUUUUGGAGAUGGAGGUGCUUUUCCAGAGAUCCAUGUGGCCCAGUAUCCACUGGAUAUGGGACGAAAGAAAAAAAUGUCAAAUGCACUGGCCAUUCAGGUGGAUGCUGAAGGAAAAAUUAAAUAUGAUGCAAUUGCUCGGCAAGGACAGUCAAAAGACAAGGUCAUUUAUAGCAAGUACACUGACCUGGUUCCCAAGGAGGUCAUGAAUGCAGAUGACCCAGACCUGCAAAGACCUGAUGAAGAAGCUAUUAAAGAGAUAACAGAAAAGACAAGGGUGGCCUUAGAAAAAUCUGUAUCACAGAAGGUUGCUGCAGCCAUGCCAGUUCGAGCAGCUGAUAAACUGGCUCCCGCUCAGUAUAUCCGAUACACACCAUCUCAGCAAGGAGUGGCUUUCAACUCUGGAGCAAAACAGAGGGUUAUUCGUAUGGUGGAAAUGCAGAAAGAUCCAAUGGAACCUCCAAGGUUCAAGUAAGUAGGUGGCUUCAUGAGAAUGAACCACUAGUCUUUAAAAAGAUGUCCCAGGAGAAACAUGACUGUGAAGGAACAACAAGAGUGGAAGAUUCCUCCUUGUAUUUCAAACUGGAAAAAUGCAAAGGGUUAUACAAUUCCAUUAGACAAACGUCUGGCUGCUGAUGGAAGAGGAUUGCAGACAGUUCACAUCAAUGAAAAUUUUGCUAAACUGGCUGAAGCCCUCUACAUUGCUGAUCGGAAGGCUCGUGAAGCUGUGGAAAUGCGGGCUCAAGUAGAGAGAAAGAUGGCUCAAAAAGAAAAAGAGAAACAUGAAGAGAAACUGAGAGAAAUGGCCCAGAAAGCUAGGGAGAGAAGAGCUGGGAUCAAAACCCAUGUGGAAAAAGAGGAUGGGGAGGCACGUGAGAGGGAUGAAAUUCGGCAUGACAGGCGGAAAGAGAGACAGCAUGACCGGAAUCUUUCCAGGGCAGCGCCUGAUAAGAGGUCGAAACUGCAGAGAAAUGAAAAUCGAGAUAUCAGUGAGGUCAUUGCUCUUGGUGUGCCCAAUCCUCGGACUUCCAAUGAAGUUCAGUAUGACCAAAGGCUGUUCAACCAAUCCAAGGGCAUGGACAGUGGUUUUGCAGGUGGAGAAGAUGAAAUUUACAAUGUUUAUGAUCAAGCCUGGAGAGGUGGUAAAGAUAUGGCCCAGAAUAUUUACAGGCCCAGUAAAAAUCUGGAUAAGGACAUGUAUGGUGAUGAUCUAGAAGCCAGAAUAAAGACCAACAUACCAAGAAAACAGUUCAGUUUCAAGGUUUGCAUGAGUGCAGAAGGACCAGUUCAGUUUGAGGAAGAUCCUUUUGGUUUGGACAAGUUCUUGGAAGAAGCCAAACAGCACGGUGGCUCUAAAAGACCCUCAGAUAGCAGCUGCCCUAAGGAACAUGAGCAUGAAGGCAAAAAGAGGAGGAAGGAAUAGAUACACCUCUUCACAGUGAAUGGACUAUUACCCAUAACCCUAAUGAUGCAAGUCAUAUGGGCAAACACUUUGUAAACGGGCCAGAUAAAAACCAAAUCUGGGGUCAGAUCCCAGCACUACUUUUUAUUACAGCAGAAAGGGGGGAAUGGAAAAUUCUACUUUGAACUAUUUAGUUUUUUUAAAGAGUGGGUUGUGUUUGUGCUUCUCCCACCUUUUGGCAUUUAUAAAACAUACUGCCCCAUAAAUGAAAUUAAGACCACUUCCUUUUAUGUGACGUUAGUACUUUGGGGUUAAUAUUUUGUGUAAGAAUGACUGCUUGCUUAUGAGUAAAGUUAACCCAACCACAGUGAGUAGAAGGAUGUUCACCUAUUGGAACUGUCCUGCCAAAUGAUGUAUGCCCCUCUGUUUUAAUUUGGAGUGGGGAAAAGUAAGCGCUUGCUUGGUGCACCUAUUUGUUUCAAAUAAAAACAUUUAGACAAAA